CAGAAUCAUAAAUGGCGCUUAAGAACGCUGCAGCUUCCAAGAUUCUGGCAGCUUCAUUUGGCGUCUUUGCUGGCUAUUCUGCGUAUCGAUAUAGAGCCUCUCAUCACUCGCCCCCUUCCAAAUCUCAACAAGAUAGCCCUAGCGCUUCAGGCACAGGGCACAAUGGCUGUCAAGCACAGCUUCCAGACCCUCUUCGCCGUCCCGCUCUCCUGCGACGGCUGCGUCAAGUCGGUUUCAGACUCCAUCUACAAACUAGAUGGCAUCAGCAAAGUCGAAGGAAAUCUCACGGACCAGCUGAUAUCGGUCGAGGGAUCUGUCGCACCAUCUGCCAUCGUCGAGGCUAUCCAAGCCACGGGGAGAGAUGCCAUCCUCCGGGGUUCCGGCACUUCAAACAGUGCCGCCGUGAGCAUCCUGGAGACGUUUACAGAUAUGCAGAUUGAGGAGGUCGACCGCGAAGUGAGAGGCCUCGCCAGGAUGGUGCAGGUCAACCCUGAGCGGACAUUGAUUGAUCUGACCUUGAGGGGUGUUGCUCCCGGUACGUAUCGGGCAAGCAUUCGCGAGUUUGGAGACCUCAAAGAUGGUGCUGCCUCUACCGGUCCAGUCUGGGUCGGGGGAAGCAAAGAGGCGCCAAAGGGAUCCCUUGGCAUCGUCGAGGUGUCCGAGGACGGCCACGGAUCCGCCUUUGUAGACCACGGCUUCCAGAUCUGGGAAGUCAUUGGCCACGCCAUGGUCCUGACGAGACAGGAUGAGGGUUUGCCGCUCAAGAAUGACGACAAUACUGUGGUUGGCGUCAUUGCGCGAAGCGCGGGUAUGUGGGAUAAUGACAAGACCGUCUGUUCUUGCACAGGUAAGACACUGUGGGAAGAAAGAAAGGAUGAAGUCAAGAAGGGGAUGCUGUAGCCCGGCCAGCCUAUUUUCGAUGAAUGAAUUGAACGAAUAACGC